AAAAGGCUCUCGCACCCAAAAAACACUAAUCACGCAUGCGUUUCGCAGUGAUGCUUACGCUGGCGACGCGCAGCUCAGCGCUGCGUAGCAUGGCACUGCGUGCGGCUGCCACGACGAGCGCUGGAGCCCAAAAACGCGUCCUGGUGCCGAUUGCGGACGGCUCGGAGGAGAUCGAGACGAGCUGCAUCACGGACACUCUCGUGCGCGCGGGUGCAGAGGUCACGGUCGCGUCCGUCGAGGCGACGACGACAUGUACGAUGUCGCGCGGGCUCAAAAUCGUCGCCGACGCGCUCGUCACCGAUGUCUCAGGCGACGACUGGGACCUCGUCGCCCUGCCGGGCGGCAUGCCCGGCGCGGAGAGGUUGCGCGACAGCGACGCGCUCGACGCGAUCCUGCGGAAGCAGGACGCGAGGCGAGCGCCUUUGGCGGCGGUCUGCGCGUCCCCAGCAGUGAUCCUGAAGAGCAAGGGGAUCCUGAGAAGCCAAGCGACCUGCUACCCCGCACCGCCCUUCGUGGAAGCGCUCGGGGACAUCGCAGACGGCGACGUCGUACGCGACGGCCACAUUACGACAUCUCGCGGGCCCGGCACGUCCCUCAAAUUCGCCCUCGAUCUCGUGGACCAGCUCUAUGGGCCCGAGAAGGCCGAGGAGCUGCGGGCGCAGAUGCUUGUUGACUAAGAAACAAUGGUUAG